CACUCACAUAUGUCCUCCGCGCCACCGCGAUCGCCCACCCCGAGGGCCCCCAAGAUGAAGAAGGACGAGUCUUUCCUGGGCAAGUUGGGCGGCACGCUGGCGAGGAAGAAGAAGACCAGGGAGGUGACUGACUUGCAAGAAGAAGGCAAGAGUGCCAUCAAUUCUCCAAUGGCCCCGGCUUUGGUGGACAUCCACCCUGAAGACACCCAGCUAGAGGAGAAUGAGGAGCGUACCAUGAUCGAUCCCACCUCCAGAGAGGACCCCAAGUUCAAGGAGCUGGUCAAGGUGCUCCUGGACUGGAUCAACGAUGUGCUGGCAGAGGAGCGCAUCAUCGUGAAGCAGCUGGAGGAAGACCUCUAUGAUGGCCAGGUGCUACAGAAGCUUCUGGAAAAGCUGGCACACUGCAAGCUGAACGUGGCUGAGGUGACGCAGUCGGAGAUCGGGCAGAAGCAGAAGUUGCAGACGGUCCUCGAAGCUGUGCAAGACCUGCUUCGGUCCCACGGCUGGCCACUGCGCUGGAACGUGGACUCUAUCCAUGGAAAGAACCUGGUGUCCAUUCUUCACCUCCUCGUCUCCCUGGCCAUGCACUUCAGGGCCCCCAUCCACCUUCCCGAGCACGUCACUGUGCAGGUGGUAGUCGUGCGGAAGCGGGAAGGCCUGCUCCAUUCCAGCCACAUCUCAGAGGAACUGACCACGACCACAGAGCUCAUGAUGGGUCGGUUUGAGCGGGAUGCCUUCGACACGCUUUUCGACCACGCUCCGGACAAGCUCAACCUUGUGAAGAAGUCUCUCAUCACAUUUGUGAACAAACACCUGAAUAAGCUGAACUUGGAGGUGACCGACCUGGAGACCCAGUUCGCAGACGGCGUGUACCUGGUUCUGCUCCUGGGCCUCCUUGAAGACUACUUCGUCCCCCUACACAACUUCUAUCUGACCCCCGACAGCUUUGACCAGAAGGUGCACAACGUGGCCUUUGCCUUUGAGCUGAUGCUGGAUGGAGGACUCAAGAAGCCCAAGGCACGCCCUGAAGAUGUGGUGAACCUGGACCUCAAAUCCACUCUGCGGGUCCUUUACACUCUGUUCACCAAGUACAAGGAUGUGGAGUGACAGAGUGGCCGAUCCUCCCGGAACCAUUUCCCGGGCAAGAAAAGUGGGUGUGUCCAUCCACGGCCCCUGCUUUCCCAGGAGACACGUCCCCAAGGAGACCUCAGGCUUCCCAUCCCAGCCGUCCUCUCUGCUCCCUGCCUGGUUUGGUUGUUGUUUUAAAACCCUUUUCUUUAUGGUCCCCCCGGCCAGCCCGUUAGGCCUUUGAGAACUUGGUGCUUAAAACACGCUCUCAGGUUUGAGGCCUCACUUCCUCUUCCCCUCUGCUGCCAUCAGGAGAUGGGCAAGAAGGAAGCCCUCGCCUAGCCCUCAGCUGGAGAAGGCUGUCCACCUGCGCUCCAACCCACAGAGCAAUUGCUGAUGGCAGGGCUCAGCGGCCCCGGCUCCAGGGACUCCGCCCCACUUGUCCUCAGGAACCCCCUGGGCUGGGCUCUCCGUGGAAGCGGGGUCUUGUCUUAGUAAAAAAGAUCCUCGCAGUUUUUCACUCCUGUCUCAGAAGACUUAGACUUGUGACGUGUGUCUCCACCCCUCAUCCCCACCCCCACCCCAUUCGUCUUGUGGUUUAUUGGUUUUGACUGACCUUUUACAUAAACUCUCAGGACCCAGAAUGCCUCGGGGUGUGGGGGGGAGGCCGAGGGGAAGCUGCACAGGGCACGUCUGGGUCUCUUGCUGGCUCUGAAUGUGCAGCUUGAGCCGGAACCUUUCGUCUCCGAGGCUGUGUUAGGGAAAGGACAUGUUUUUAGAGACUUUACAAGGGGGUGGGUAUCCACUACUACAGGCGCCCGGAAUGACAGAGGCGUGCAUCUGGAGGCUCUGGAGGCUGGAAGUAGGAGAUGGAGGUGCUGGCAGGGCUGGCUUCUGAGGCUUCGAUUCCACCACUUCCGCUUCUCUCGGCCUUCACACCAUCCCCUUUCCUGUGUUAGUCUCCUCUUCGUUCUGAUAGGGAACCCAUCCCCUCCCUGUACGACCUCACUGACCCCAUGGCAGCCGCAGGGGCCCUGUCUCCAAAUGCAGUCUCCCCGGGACACGCCAGGAGUAGGUUUGUGGAGCAUGUCUCAGCGGCUAGUGGGGGCAUAGGAAAUGUCCACAUCCUUCCUAGAACUCUGCUGGCAUCCCCUGCAGCAUGUCCUAGAAAAGAAAGGGCUGUUGUUCCCACAAGCCAUUCACCACCCAUUCUCCUUGACUCCAGAGAGGCGUGGUGAUGCCGUGGCUGGCUGGCUGCUUGUCUCAGGAAUCCUAGUUCUGUGGCUCACCCCUCUCCUGUUCCUCCUACCUCCACACAGCCACCCUCUUCCGUGAGCCCUCAGCGUUCACGGCAGCUACCGUGAACCUCCCUCUUCUGAUUCCGUCCUUGCCAUGUACGGACCAGGGCUGUGGAGCAAGGUGUUGAUACCGAAUAGCCCCGCCGACAGCGAAGUUCCAGAAAACAGUCCAAUAUCCCCCCCUUGGUUCCGCUGUUGCUAAGCUGGGGAUGGGCUUGGAACCGUCGGCUCCGAUGGAGGUGGCUUCCCAGCAGGGGAAAGAGAUAAUUAAAACGGCAUUACCGUGUCUCCCUGUGGGAUGCGGUGACAUUCAAGAGCCACACUGACAAAAUAGCCGCGACUGGAACGUCCUGUGCUGUCUUCCCUACACGCUCAGAACCACAGCAGCAUCCGGGAGCUGCCGGCUCCGCCUUGCUCUCCUCACAGGUGGUCUUGGCAAGGGUGUCUCUUGUCCCUGGGGCAAGGAGCCUUGAUGCAAAGGGUUUUCAGAGACCUAUGAUGCUGAGGGGGAAGGAAAGGGUUGCUCUGGGAAGGGUGGUGGUGGUUUCCUGUGCAUCCCUAUCUGGAGGACAUAUGUUGCACUUGGAAUCCAAGUGGGCUCCUUUGCCCUGCUGCGGGACUGGUGAAGCCAGGAUUCCAUGAAGGCGUGACCUUCCCCACUGUGGUUCUGAAAUGCCAGGGAAGGGCUACCUAAUGUCCUUGCUGUCCUCUCACUGUGGCAUUCAUACCACAGCCUGGACAGAGGCACCAAGAACCAAAGUUCCUAGGCCAACUUCAGGAAAGCAAGGCUUUCUUCACAGACAGCCAGAUGGUGCCCCCAUUAGUUUAGAGAGAGCUGUCCUCCUCCAUGCCCUCAGGUAACCAGUGCCUCCUCCUCCAACUUUCCCAUGGCUCUCACUGGGGGCCCCCUGGAAUGCAGUUGUUAAUUCAAGGAAGUUCUGGUACCUUCUACUGCUUGGGUCUACAUUCUCUCCUGACAUGUAUUUGAAGAGAGGUCUGGCCACCAAAACUGGUAGAAAUGCCAUCAUCUGUCACCCCCUGCACACAGAAUCACAAGGAAGGGUCAGGCAGGUCUGCACCUCCUCCUCCUCCGCCAGGUCUGCAGGACAGGUCUCUGGGGUUGCUGCUCUCCGUCCUGCAACCGAUCGAUCUGCGCCUCCCCUGGAGCCCUGCUGACCUGGGUGGGCCUGCAGGCGGCUCUUGUUCCCCAUUGACACCCAGUUGUGCAAGCCCUGACUGAGCCCAGAGCCCCUGCACCCUCCUCGGCCGCCGGACGAAACGGGAAUCUUAUUUUCAAACAGCCCAAUCCAUCCCCCCUCUGUGUUGCAGCGCUUCAUUGUCUUUUUAAUUGUUCGAAGCCAAGCGUCCUUUGGAUUUCUGGAUAUUAAAUAAAAGCCACUGAACCCCUG